UGGUCUCUCCCGGAAGUUGUCUUAGCCGACCUGCUUCCUUGCUCCGGAAAUGUAAAACCUUGGGACCCAACCAGCUGUUUGUGGAGGUCGAGGUGACCUGAUUACGGGACCGAGGGCACAGCAAAGAUGGGCCGCGAGUUCGGGAACCUAAUCCGGGUAAGGCAUAUCAUUUCCUACAGCCUGUCUCCGUUUGAGCAGAGGGCCUUUCCCAGCUACUUCUCGAAGGGUAUCCCCAACAUGAUCCGCCGGACGCAGGACUCCAUACUGCGGGUCGCCCCCCCAUUUAUAGGCUUUUAUCUCCUCUAUACCUGGGGAACCCAGGAGUUUGAGAAUUCAAAGAAGAAGAAACCAGAUGCCUUUGAAGAAGACAAAUAAACGACUCAGUGAGAAGUACAACGGUCUUGGUUCCCUGGUGGUCAGCUCUGUCGCUUGGGACAUCCACAGAAGAAAAGCAUAUAAGGAUAUUUUGAAGAUGUAAUAAACUUAACAUUUCAUGAAUUGUAA